ACUUAGUUCAUUUCUACCACAAGCAAUACAUCUCAUUUCCAAAAAUAUAAUGGGAAAAUUAGUGUGGAUAAUAGGACUUAUUCUAUGUUUAGUUGGAUUAGUUAAGGGUCGUCCCGCCAUGUUCUUGCAGGACUUCCGUGUGGCAUGGGCCGAAUCCCACAUUCGCCAAAUCAGCGGAGGAAUUCAACUCGUUCUCGAUCGAAACUCAGGAUGCGGUUUUGGAUCCAAAUAUAAAUAUUUAUUUGGACGUGUGAGCAUGAAAAUCAAGCUGGUUGCUGGUGAUUCAGCUGGAACUGUCACUGCCUUCUAUAUGAACUCGGACACAGACAAUGUAAGAGAUGAGCUAGAUUUCGAAUUCCUGGGAAAUCGGUCAGGACAACCUUAUACGGUUCAGACAAAUGUGUUUGCUCGUGGCAAAGGCGACAGAGAGCAAAGGGUUAACCUAUGGUUUGACCCAUCUGCAGAUUUCCACACCUACUCCAUUUUUUGGAACCAUCGCAUCAUCAUAUUCGCGGUGGACGAGAUUCCGAUCAGGGUCUACAAGAACAACGAGGCUAGAGGGGUCCCGUUCCCGAAAUUCCAACCGAUGGCGGUCUAUUCGACCCUAUGGGAGGCCGACGACUGGGCGACGAGGGGCGGCCUCGAGAAGAUAAAUUGGAGCAAAGCCCCAUUCUACGCCUAUUACAAGGAUUUCGACCUCGAGGGCUGCCAGAUGCCUGGGCCCGCCAGCUGUGCAUCCAACACUAAAAACUGGUGGGAGGGCGCAGCCUACCAACAGCUCAGCCUUGUGCAGGCUGCGCGCUACCACUGGGUGCGUGCAAACCACAUGAUCUAUGACUACUGCACCGACAAGUCCCGGCACUCGGUGGCCCCACCGGAAUGCCUGGCUGGAAUCUAAAAUACACAUCAACGGUCAAUUCUUUCACUUUAAGAGCCUCGUACGCAGCCCCAUGCACAUCCAAGGGUAUAAAGGUCAUUGUAAUAAAUGACAGUGUGAAGUUUGUUGUUCCUAUUAAAAGACUUAAAUAAAUCUGAGCAUUCGGUAA